UCAACGGCGACGACGCGUCCUGUCGCCUGCACGACCGCCCAGGUCCUCUCAUAUCAUCCCCUUGCUGAGCGCCCCCUUGAGGAGCAGUAUCAGCAGCCUCAGGGCAGGAUCCCACACGUUUUCUGCACACGGUUGGUUGAGGGAGUCGCGUCAACAUGUUCUUCAUUAAAGAACUCACGCACUCGAUCCUCUUGCACCCCUCGUUCUUUGGGCCGCAGAUGACGAGCUUCCUGGAGGCGAAGCUCUACGCGGACGUCGAGGGGACCUGCUCCGGUCGCUUUGGCUACAUCAUUGCGGUCGUCAGCAUCCUCGACAUCGGGAAGGGCAUGGUCAUGAGCGGCAGCGGGCAGGCUGAGUUCAUCACGCGGUAUCGGGCCAUUGUGUUCAAGCCGUUUAAGGGAGAGGUCGUGGAUGGCGUGGUCAACAAUGUCACGAAGAUGGGAUUCUUCGCGGACGUUGGACCGUUGACGGUGUUCGUGUCACAUCAGCUCAUCCACCCGGACAUGAAGUUCGACCCUAACUCCAAUCCACCAUCCUUCGCUUCUGAAGAUGCAAUCAUCGAGAAGAACACGAAGGUCCGGUUAAAGAUCGUCGGCACGCGUGUUGACGCUACGGAAAUCUUCGCGAUUGGCACAAUAAAGGAAGACCACUUGGGCGUGAUCGAGUAGACGUCCCAAUAUCCUCUGUUGUUCUUCGCUCGCCCGCAAAGGAUGCGCUGUUUGCCCCUCGGGCGCCCUUCGAAAACCUUUUUGCGUGCUUUUUGGCGUGCCAGGUCAAGAUGGAGAGACCGGACAAAUACUUGACUGUCCAAGGGCCUGCCAUCGCAUGCUUGCGUGUAGCAUAGAGCCGUACACUAAUCCUAUUGGGACAGAGUAGCACCUUUUGAAUAGAUGCUAAGCCAUCUUCAA